AUGCUGGCCGCCACGAGCUUGGCCAGUGGCUAUUCAGAUCUGGAGGUCCUUGAGAUCAACGCAGACAUGCCGGGCCCUGUCUCGCCAGCUUCCAUCAGUUCUAUGGGAAUGCCUGAAACAAUUGCGCAAUUUCCGAUAGCUAUAGUCGCUAGAAAUACUGCGAUGACGUCCAGGCCUACCGUAUAUGUCAACUUGCCUUACAAGAGAGAGUUCACAAUGCAGAUCGCCGACAAUUCUCUACCGGUCAACAUGCAAUGCACUAUUCGACUGGAGUAUACACAGCAAGUGAUGUCUACACCAGACCACGGAGACUCAAACGUGGACCAAGCACCCCUUGAGUCUGUACGAUCGCUUGCUACAGCCACUCGUGUGGUGAUAGAUCAAGUGCUUGGCGGCAUGACUUUCGCAUCUGCUCGAUCGGCGGCGUCAUUCGUCUCAGAGGCUCUGCUACGCACUUUAGUAGAUCAGCUACCCGGCGCGAAGCUUGUCAAAGUUGCUGUCAUAGCGGCACCUACAAGUACGUCUGAGCCACAUAUUAUCGCAAGCACGGCAUUGGCCGACAUACAAGAGGUUGGUGCAAGACAGCCGCAGCUUAGCAACGCAAGGUCGCCUGUGAUCAACGGUCAGUCGUCGAUGGCUGUAACCCGGCAGAGACUUCGUGAGAACCUUGGCGCGUCGGUCGUGCUAAGUGGCCAUAUUGAUUCACGCGCCGCGUACGUCAAUCGAGACGAGAGACUUCGAGUGCGGAGUAGAAGUUCAUCAGAAUUUUCGGCUGUCGCCCGAAGGAUUGGCUGCCAGAAAUUAGGUUAUACAAUCGACUGGUCGCCCAAGCACACUCCCAAUGCACUGCAUGUCAACUGCGAUAUGGUCGAUCGAUUGAUUCAAGAGCAUGCUGAGCGAAGUUCUCUGCAAGGUCUGGACUUCCUUUCGACCCUUGCCAUCUCCACAAUGACUUCUCUCCCAGAGGGAGCGCUCAUCCAUCUAUUCAUGUCAGCUGGAGCGAAAUCAUUGCUUCCCAGUGGUACGCUGAAGUUAGGAAACGAGCUGAUCAUCUCACCACCUAGGGUGGAUGCGAAUGUAGUGGCGAUAAAUGGUCGUUGGAUGAUCCGCCUACCUUCGCUGUCCGUUGAUCGUCUCCUGAAGUCAUCCACAUCACGCCAGCAAGUGUGGCUAGAAAUGCGUAUUACCGCACACAAGGUAGAGCGAAUGGAAUCCGGUCCAAGUGUGGACCUCGCACUGGAGACUUCCAGUGUACUUCAAGCAAUACAAGCUGCAAUCACGCCUCGACUGUUGGACGUCGUCGCCAACGACUUGAAUGAUCGCGUAGCGACACAGCUGGCACAGGUCGUAUUACGUGAGCAUCUCCUCUUUCCAAGCCAUUUCCAGGUCACCAGCAUGACUCUCACCUUGACCAACAGACAGCGAGUCUUGGGCAGAGCUCGAUGGUCAGAACGAAACGAUACGUUCGCGCAAUCGGAGAAUGACCCGGCCGUCGAUGACUCGAGCGACCAGGGAGAUGGUUGGCAUGUGUCAGACCAAGCGACGGGCGCUCUCGGUACUGUUGAUGACAAAAAGUCAAGUAGCUAUGAUGAGGCAGAGUUCGAAGAAGUUUCUGGAGACAGAAUCAAUGAACGCGCCGCUGAACAUUCCAAUGGUGAUCGUGGAAGUCGUGGUAUGUCUCUUCACACGACCAAAGGAGCUGUGUUUGCUGAGAGCGAGUCUGAUGUUAGCACACCCGCUCUGACGAAGGCGACUGGCUUUGCACUGAUGCUCUUUCGUGUUUGGUGGUCCACAGAAGAUGUCACAGUGGCCAAGGACCUGACGUUAGACAGCAUGUCUACGUUACUGACGACAGCAUCCUUGAAUGGAGCAACUGGCUCCAUACAAGACUUGGUGUCAAUCACCACCUCAGUCCGCAGCGCUUUAUCGGACAGACCAUCGACCACACUUGUCUUUGCACUGAAGAAAGAUCAUGUCUCCAGGUCACAGCACACCUUCAAAGGACAGUUCCGUGCCAGGAUCAAUGUUGAUGAUUUCGACGAGCGGACUACAACGACUGUGCAGAUCACGCUUCCUAUAAUCACUGGGCUGGCCUGGGGCAUCGGCUCGUUAAGCCGUGUUUGUAGCGUGAGACUUACUCUGCGGUCGACUUUCGAGAGUGAUAUGUAUCAGUUUACGGACGACGUGGCGGCAGCCCAGGUGUCACCGACCAUGGGAUCCCUGGCAGAUGCGCUUCGGCCUCUGAUGGCAUCAUACGAUAUCAACUCUUCUCCAAGCAAGCUCGCCUCGACCAUAGCGAGCCACGUGCGAGAAGAAGCUGCACUGCUUUGGCUCCAGAUGCCUCCCACCGCCAUUGAAGUGACAUUGAUGUCUCGCUCGCUCGAUGGCAAGCCUAUUUUUGGACAGUGUCAUUCUAGACCAAGCGUUGAUACUACACCAAGCCUUGUGACCACGAACCAGGAAUCCACAGCAAUUAUCGCCUUGGGAAGUAAUGUUGGCGAUCGACUGGAGGCAAUUGAGCGAGCUUGUAGCGCUAUUGACGAUGGGCCCGAUAUGCGGAUUGUGCGUACAAGCAACCUAUACGAAAGCGAGCCUAUGUAUGUAGAAGACCAGGCCCGAUUUCUGAACGGCGUUUGCCAGGUCCGCACACAGCUUCCUCCAGUCGAGUUGCUUGACAGACUACAAGCGAUCGAGCUCAACCUUGGCCGAGUCAAGCACAUCGACAAGGGACCGCGGAAUAUUGAUCUUGAUAUCCUACUGUACAAUAGCGAUCGCUUUGAAAGCGAACGAUUGACUAUACCCCAUCAGCUGCUGAAGGAACGAGAGUUUGUGCUACGACCGUUGGACAACCUAGGAUUAGGUAGUAUAGAGCCGUUGCGCGCCUCGGCUCAGGCGCUACUAAGACGCAUGGAAACAUGGAGUACACCAUCAAUGUACUCCCAGGUCUCGUUGGGCCCACCACAGGCCACAGUCAAUACUGGUGCUCCGAAGCGCCGAACCCAGAUGAUGUCCAUCCUCAACGUGACCCCCGACUCGUUCUCCGAUGGCGGUGUCCAUGAGCCUACCGAUCUCGAGGCCCUCAAAGCAAGCGUUUCAGCUCACGUAGUCGGAGGUGCGACUGUCAUCGACAUUGGUGGCCAAUCCUCUAGACCCGAUGCCCCGGACGUCACUGCUGAAGAUGAGAUCACUCGCAUCUUACCCGCCAUCCAGGCUAUCAAGUCGCUUCCAGCAGCUGAACACAUAGCCAUUUCCAUCGACACCUACCGCGCUUCGGUGGCCAAGGCAGCAAUCAAGGCAGGAGCGCAUAUCAUCAACGACAUAUCUGGCGGUCUCCUCGAUGCUGAAAUGCUGCCGACGAUUGCGAGACUGGGAUGUACAUACAUCAUAAUGCACAUGCGCGGCACACCCGCCACUAUGCAGAAUGAGGAGAACUUGCGAUACCCAGCCGGUCUGAUACCAACCAUAGCCACUGAGCUCAAAGCUCGCCUACAAGCCGCGGAAGAAGCUGGCAUACGGCGCUGGCGUAUCAUUCUUGACCCUGGCAUAGGCUUCUCCAAGACCGUAGACCAGAAUUUGGAGAUUUUGCGUGAGCUUCCAGCUUUGCGUCAAAGGGCCGACCUACGUGACAUGCCCUGGCUGAUCGGAAGCAGUCGCAAAGGUUUCGUAGGAAAGGUGACAGACGUGGCGGAGGCCAAAGAUAGGACCUGGGGCACUGCUGCGACUGUUACGGCGGCUGUGCAGGGUGGUGCCGAGAUUGUGCGGGUGCAUGACGUGGCGGAGAUGGCUCAGGUUGUGAAGAUGAGUGAUGCCAUCUAUAGGGUAUGA